CCUCAGUCGACAGUGAGUCACGGUUGCUAGAAACUAUCUUGUGUUUCUCGUGACGUCACCACAAAAAGGCCGACCAAUCCAACGGUGGAGACCACGUCCCUUCUCCACUCCUUCGCGUCCCCCUCUCUCUCUCACAGUCACCACCCAUCGUUGCCUCCUCUCACUCUUUCCCGCCCUUAAAUUCCCCAUCAAUGCAGAUGCAAUCUCUCCAGCUCCUCCCCCAUUCUCGCUCCACCUUUCCCUCUCUAACUCCGCCGCCUGCAUUUCCUCUUGCUCUCUCCUCCGAUCGUAAGCCUUCAGCCCUAAAUCUCGCCUCGAUUCGAUUCAAUUCAAUUAAGAUGGAUUCAGCUCGUUGCUCUCUCUCUAAUGGCCACGGAGGUACAAGUCAAGCCGCCAUUGCCCUAGAAUUUGACGAUUGCGACCUCGACCGUUUCGCAGACGUCGGCAACCAGCUUGCAGACGCCGCCGGCGAUGUCAUCCGCCGCUAUUUCCGCAAGAGCUUCGACAUACUCGAUAAGCCGGAUUUAAGUCCUGUGACGAUUGCGGAUCAGGCGGCGGAGGAGUCAAUGGUGAAAAUUAUACAUGAGAAUUUUCCUUCUCAUGCAAUUUAUGGGGAGGAGAAUGGAUGGAUGUGCAAAGAAGACUUUGCAGAUUUUGUUUGGGUUCUGGAUCCUAUAGACGGCACUAAAAGUUUUAUCACUGGCAAACCUGUGUUUGGAACUCUAAUUUCUUUACUCCACAAGGGGGAACCGGUAAGGUUCCCAGGUAUUUACUCCAGUGAGGAAGGCUGUGAAGAGAAAUAUAUUCUUGGCAUUAUUGAUCAACCUAUCCUUAAAGAAAGAUGGAUUGGCAUAACUGGGAGGAGAACUGCUUUGAAUGGACAGGAGAUCUCAACACGUUAUUGUGAACAACUGUCAAAAGCAUAUAUGUAUACAACUAGCCCUCAUUUAUUUACUGGGGAUGCUGAGGUGGCAUUCGCUCGGGUUAGAAGUAAGGUAAAAGUGCCACUUUAUGGCUGUGAUUGUUAUGCUUAUGCUCUGUUGGCGUCAGGUUUUGUGGACCUCGUGGUUGAGUCAGGCCUCAAGCCAUACGAUUUCCUUUCCCUGAUACCUGUGAUCGAAGGUGCUGGUGGAGUUAUAACAGAUUGGGAAGGGAAUCAACUGAAAUGGGAGGCUUCUUCGAAAUCACAAGCUCCUCCAAGCUUCAACGUAGUGGCGGCUGGGGACAAAAGGGUUCAUGAUGAAGCUCUGGAGACGUUGGAAUGGCACUAGUGCUGGUUUAGUAGUCUUCAGCUUAUCCAAGCUAACGCACAGAGGAAAUAAUAUGUGCAGCAUGGAUUUUAAAUGGCGUCAUAUCUAAUUGAGUGUUGUAGCAUUAGGCUGUACUAUAUGCAACAGCCUCUUUAUUUAUCGAUUCCUUUAAUUAAUUUUAUCUUACUAUUA